AUGCAAGACGCUUAUUCCAAGACUAGAGCAGACUGUGUCACAAAGAUUUCUCGCAGCAUACUCUUGUCACACCCAACACUGGCUGUCUGUUCAAGCCCCGAAUGGUUCGGCUGCUCCGAACAAGCUUCAGCGUAUGCCGCAGCUUUGGUGAAGGCACAGCGAUUAGGGUGGAAAUUGGAAUCGGUCGAUUUUGCACCACUUUUCAAGCUGGCCGGUCUAUUGUAUGAGGGACCAUGGGUCGCAGAACGAUAUGCUGCCAUCGAGAGAUUUAUUCAUUCCGAAGCAGCCGAGGCUAUGGACCCAGUCGUCCGAGCUAUCAUUCUUAAGGCUGAGCAAUUUUCAGCCGUGGACGUCUUCCAGCAGGAGUACUACCGACAAGAGCUCUCACGCCAGAUUGAACAUGCCUUCGGCACUUUCGACGCAGUCUUGGUGCCCACAACCCCCACGUUUCCUACUGUUGAGACGCUCAAAGAGGCUCCGAUCUUAGCCAACAGUCGGCUCGGCACUUACACGAACUUUGUCAACUUCAUGGGCUGGUCAGCAGUGGCUAUCCCGGCUGACUUUCGUGAAGACGGUCUUCCAUUCGGUAUUACGCUGAUAGCUGGUUCAUGGGAAGAACCACGAUUAUUUGAACUGGCACGCCAAUGGCUUUCUCUGGCUGUGGUUGGAGCUCAUCUUUCUGGCUUUCCUCUUAACAAGGGCCUGGUGUCGCGCGGCGCGGUUCUCGGAAGCAUCACUCGCACAGCUUCAUGUUACCAGCUGUUCGCUCUGCAAACGAAUUCGUCCGUACAGAAGCCUGGUCUAAAACGAGUAGUGGAUGGGGGCGAGUCGAUCAAGGUGGAAGUCUGGAACAUGCCACUCAAAACAGUGGGGAGUUUCCUCAGCACCAUUGAAGCCCCAUUGGGAAUCGGGUCGAUUGAGCUGCAGGAUGGAUCCUGGGUGCACGGGUUUAUUUGUGAACCGAACGGUCUUGAUAAUGCGAAGGACAUCACCAGUUUCCGCGGAUGGAGAGGUUUCAUGCAAUCACUAAGCUAUUCAACCAAGCCUUCAUUGUGA